GUUUGUCCAUACCAAAUUUCAGCUCAAAAUUCGACCGGGAAAGCAGUCAAAUAAAUUCUUGAAACAUACUGCACUUUAUAUAUGCGCAGAAUGUGCAGUAAGUUUCAAGAAUUUAUUUGACUGUCUUUCCAGUUGAAUUUUGAGCUGAAAUUUGGUAUGGACAAACUAGACUUGAUGAGGAACAUGCUCAAAAAAUUUCAUCAUGGUGAAGGUAUGCAUUUCUACUUUUCAUUCUAUCUUCUAUCAUUUUGUACAAAGACUGAGUAAUGGAUGACAUAAUUGCAUUUACAAAAUGUACUCCAGAUGUAGAUAGUGUGACCUUUUCAAUCUCUCCUCGGGAUUGUGGUGUUGGAGAAGGUAGUUGGGCUGGUCUAUGCUUCAAUCCAACCCAGUGGUCCAUGGCAGCUGUUGCACACAGUUUUGGGAAGAGCAUUGAUGUGUAUGACCAAGAUAUUCAUCUUCGCACUUUACGCACAUUGUGGUAUCCAACUUCACUGACUUUUAUGCAAAAUCUGAGUGGUCAAGGCGAAUGCUCCACGCUAGCCCUCACAGAAGGGUGCCAGCUUAGCAUAUGGGACUUACGAAUGAGAGAAAAGGGAGGGUGUGUGCAUAGAAUUUAUGGGUCAGUGGGAGAUAUUUUAUAUUCAGUCUGUGAGUCUUCGAAUGGAAGUAUUGCAGUUGGUGGAGCUGAUCGCACUGUUUCUGUCUACGACCCUCGCAGAUGGUCGACAGUGUCAAGAUGGAUGAACUGCUCAAAGUAUGAGAUAACAAGACUUGCUUUCUCUUCAUUUGAUUCAGAUUACAUUUAUGUGCAAGGAGUUGAUUAUGAGGUUGUGUGUGGAUAUUGGAGCGAUGGAAAGAAAGGUUUUUCAUUUAGAGGUGAUUCAAACUGGCUGGGGUUCAACAAGUGCUGUGCCAGGGACCUGGUUGGGGGAUGGUGUGAUUCUGGGAGCUUGUUUCUGGCUGAUGUUAUCUUAAGCAGCAAGGAAGAACAUCAAGAAGAAUAAGAAGACAAUGUAAUGGAUGCUUUCAAAGAACCAUUGAGGCGAGGUCUGAUGCUUUAAUUGUUAUACCUUGACUACUAUUUUUGAGUUUGAGUUCAAUUCCAAUGUACCUCAAAACAGUCUUGCAGUUUUGUGGCUUUUCAAAAAAUAUGUGUAUUUAAAUAUCAUAUCAUUGUUAUAUAGUUGGCUAACUUGGCUUGAUAGCCCUUACCUGAGCUCAUAACAUGUCUUAGGAAGUGUCCGUGAUAAUACAAUAUGCAAUCAUUGUUUGUCUACAUAUUUCCA